AUGGGAUCCGCAGGCCCUGACAAGAAGUUCGACGUUUUUGGGAAGUAUCUGAAUACCAUAGACGGCAAGCUGUGGGGUACCUCAUCGACUCGCCAUGGUAUCAACCCAGCGACCGGCAAGCCAAAUCCAGAGGUUCCUGUCUGCACGCCAAAAGAUGUAGACGCUGCUGUCGACGCCGGCAAACGAGCUUUUAAGACAUGGUCGAAGACACCGUAUGAGGAGCGACAGAAGGCACUGCUCGACUUUGCGGAGGCUUUCGAAGCUCAUGGUGAGGACUUUGCGAAGCUCCUGACGCAGGAGCAAGGCAAGCCGCUUAUGUUUGCGAGAGAUGAGGUAGCGAGCGCUGUCAAAUGGAUUCGAACGCUGGGCCGAUUCCGAAUCCCCGAAGAGAUCGUCGAGGAAGAUGAUGAGAGGAAGGUCGUCGUUCGUUACACUCCGCUCGGGGCUGCUGUCGGUAUCGUGCCCUGGAACUAUCCUGUUCACUUGGCAGCGGGUAAAUUCACCCCGGCUUUGAUAACUGGAAAUCCGAUCAUCAUCAAGCCGUCGCCCUUCACUCCUUACUGCGGCUUGAAGAUGGGUGAGCUCGCACAGCAAUUCUUUCCGCCAGGCGUGUUUCAGGUUCUCUCGGGAGACGACAAUCUAGGCCCUUGGCUCACGGCACACCCGGGCAUUGAAAAGAUUUCUUUUACUGGCUCGUCGGCUACAGGCAAGAAGGUUAUGGAGUCGGCCUCGAAAACACUCAAACGCGUCACUCUCGAACUCGGCGGCAAGGACCCGACUAUCGUUUGCAAGGACGUCGACAUCGAGGCGGUCGCGCCGAAGAUUGCCACGCUUGCCUUCUUGAACUCGGGUCAAAUCUGCCUUGCCAUCAAGAGGAUAUACGUUCACGAGGACAUCUACGAGCCCUUCCUACAAACCAUGGUCGAGUUCACCAAGACCCUCAAGGUCGGUAACGGCUCCGUAGAGGGCAACUUUCUCGGUCCCCUUCAAAAUUCCAUGCAGUUCGAAAAGGUCAAAGGAUUCUUCGCCGAUGUCGAGAAAUCCGGAGCCAAGGUCGCCAUUGGAGGCUCCAACCACAUUGACUCGGAGAAACCGGGAUAUUUCAUCAUGCCGACGGUGAUUGAUAGACCAACGGACGACUCAAGAUUAGCCAUCGAGGAACCUUUCGGACCCAUUGUCCCGGUCAUGUCGUGGAGAGAGGAGGACGAAGUGAUCGCCAGAGCCAACGCCUCUGAGCUAGGUCUCGGUGCCAGUGUAUGGUCCAAAGAUAUCGAGCAUGCUGCUGAAAUCGCCAAACAAUUAGAAGCAGGGUCUGUCUGGGUGAACGCACAUCUCGAACUUUCGCCUAAUGCCCCCUUUGGUGGCCAUAAAUCCAGUGGUCUUCACUUUGAAUGGUCGCAAGAGGGUCUGAAAGCGUUCUGCAAUGCGCAGACAUUGUAUUUGAAGAAGCAGAAAUAG